UGUGAUUGUUUUGGUACGUAAUUAUGCUUGUAUAUAAGUUAAAACGAAACUAUUUGAGGUUCCAUUUCCACUAUCCCUUUAAGGUAAGUUCAACACUUUAAUAUAAUCAGGUCAUAGUAGUUUUACUACUUUAAACAUUCGCUAAUUCAACUUAAGUUUUGUGAAGCCAUCACAUCUAGUUAAAAAGAUAAAUAUAUUUCCCUGUAAUUACUGAUUUACCUGGGACUUGAUUGACAUUGGUGCCUGUAGUUUUAUUUAGACAAAUGUUUAUUUAUGAAGCAACAAUUAAAAUACAUGGUAGCACAACUAAUCUGAGUUAAUCUGUUUGUUAUUUUUCAGGUCAUCCAUCAAUUCAAUUAUUUGAAAUAGCCUAUUAUCAUAAAAAAAUCAACGGUUCUUUUCAGGGCCAUAUUCUUCUUCCUACUCUCUUUCACCCCUCUCAUUUUCUUGUCUUUUGUUUUGUUUUUCUCCCUCGCUGUAUGUCAGUUCAUCCUUUGUUUGUUGUUGCCCUUUUUACCCUCACUUAAAAAUGGCAUCCAAGCAACUGAAUGAAUGGCUAGAGGCAGGGAAAGCCCUCUCAGAUGAGUUGGCAAAUAAGGCAAGUACAACAUUAUCCAAAUAUGUAUUAUAACAUUUACUCAAAUGAUAAAAGACACACACAUUACAAAGAUUUGUAAUAACGCAAGGAUCAAAUAUGUCCUGGAGGAAGAGGGACCUGGAUGGGAACAUUCUACCCCAACAUUGGAAUAAGAAUCGAUCUGUUAAACCUUCCAGCUCUCUGGAGUCCCCAGAGGUCGAGGAGACACAUGAUAUUCCUCUACAGGUCCCAAGUCUUGAUCAACAUCUUCUCACACUGAGAAACCUGUUGGGUUCUCUCACUGUCCCUGCAUCAUCAGAAGAAACACCCACUGUAACAACAUGGACCCAAAGACAGUUGAAACGUGAACAAAAAUUCAGAGCUGCAAUGCCAGAGCUCCUUAAUUUGAAAUUGGCUGCAGAGAUUGUCACUAAACAUUCCUGUCUCCAAUGCAAAACUGCUGAUGCUGUGGUCCGGUGCUUGGACUGUGUUCCACCAGGAACUCCCUUUCUUUGUCCGGCAUGUGACCCAAUUAUCCAUGGCAAAAAUGUCUUCCAUGACAGGGAAGCCAUGAUUGAUGGGUUUUACAGACCUAUUCCUCCCACAUCCUUAGUGGUUGUGGAUGAAAGUGGCCAAUAUGGACUCUGUGAACAAGUGUGUCUGCUUCCAAUUCCUCCACCAUCCCAAAUCUGUUUCUGUGGUCCAAGCAAAGAUUUCACCAUCAUCCCAGGAAAGCAGACCGUGUUGGUGACUAUCAAUGGUCCAUACAAUGUUUGCCUGCCUUCUGUGUGCUGUCCAACUUGUUCCACCAAAUGGUCCCCGAGCAUAGGUGACUUGCUUGGAUACAAAUACUGGCCAGCAACCGACAGCUGCAAAAUUAUUUUUAAGUUUGAUGUGUUCACAUCAUUCGAGCAAAUGAAAUUGGCCAGCCCAGCAUUAUCCCAGCAAGUAUUUAUAAAAAUGCUUGAACAUCGAUCGUUUUCCACAGGAAGGACAGGCAGAAUCUGUAGCGAUACCUUCCACAGAGUCUUUCGGGAGUUUGCCUUCUGUAAUUACAGACAAGAAGAUCUGUGCCUGGUGGAGCCCUUUAAAUGCCCAGCAUGCACACCUGACAUGCUGGCUAUUGCUGUAGAUGGCAAUAGAAAGCAUUAUCGUUUCAAGAAGUCCAGAGGGACAGAUGAACCGUCUCUAUUUGAUGGACUGUUCAUUGCUCAGGACAGUAAAGUGUCUGCCUUUGUCGACAAAAUCAGGAGCCAGAUGACGAUUAAAAGUGGUCGUGAUGUUUGUGGACCGGCAACAUUCACAGCUUGCAGAGAAACCUCACACAAGUCCAGGGCCAAGGUGGACGAGGAAGGCCUGCAAAUAGCUGUGUGCAGACAUGGCAUCUUGCUACAAGGCCUAAAUCACUACCGUGGUGAAAUAUAUGCCUGCCCAAUGUUCCUGCAGAAGGAGCUGGCUGAAGUUGCGAAUGCAACAUUCUUUUGUAUGGAUGUUGCCUGCAGGUACUGGCCUUAUUUGGAGAAGAUCGCAGCAAAGUUGCCAGAGCUCCAACCACUUACAGAGAUGAAACCUUUUCUCUCUGUAAUGCACGCCAAGGCCCACACAGGCAAAUGCGAGGUGAAGUGGGGUGGCAGAAGCCAGGAAGGUGCUGGAAAUACUGUUGGCGAGGAAGUGGAACAGGUUAACAGCUUCCUCUCAAGGGCAGCUCUGACAACAAAAUACAUGACCAAAUCAGCUAGAGCAGAUAUGAUAACCGUGCUGGCUAUGCUAUGGAACCACAGGAAGGUGGAGAAUCUCCACAAGACACUCUCAAAGAGAUUUGUCAAAACUACACAGAGAGCACAAACUGAAGUGGACAAUCUUGAGAGUCUCAAGCAAGAGCUGAACAUCUCCCUGGAGGACACGGAGCAGUGGGUGUUGGAGGUCAAGCAAUGGGCAGCCACUGAGAAACAUGGAGGCCAGAGCAGCCAGGAGGAGCUCCAGAGAGAAAUAGAUGACAUUAUUUAUUCCCUCCGAAGAAAGAAACACGACCUCUAUCGACAAAAUGACAGCAACCAAACAAGGCAACGCAAACGGAGAAGACUGACAGAGCUCAAGAAGAAACUCAGAGAGAGGAUACUGCAGUACAACACCAUUGAUACCUGUACAGAGACAAUUGACACAGAAGCAGCAUGCAGUCUGUCUGAGGAUGUCAUUCUGGCCUGGGAGGCGCAAGGAGAUGUGGUGAACCUGCGCACAAAGAGGCGACUUUUUGACCAGGUUAUGCUGGUCAGGCGUAUGGAAGAGGAGAAAGUCAUCAUUGUGAAGGAGAUGACCCAGCAUUGUCAAAAUCUGAGGCAGGCACUGGACAAACUGGACCACCUCCUUCAUCAGACAAAAGACGACAUCAGGAACCAAAUUUCUCCAAGCGAUAUAACAGAAGAGGGAUACAGGGGACUGCACUGCUGUCUUUUACACCAUCAAUAUCUUCUGGAGCAGAAACUGAGCAGAGUCACCAGCACCUACAGCUGUAUUGGCACGGACUUGUCUUUUCUCAUGAUGGAGGAAGACAUUGAAGACGGUGAUGAGGACAACGAACAGGAAGGUGAUGAGGACAACGAACAGGACGGUGAUGAGGACAACAAACACGACGGUGAUGAGGACAACAAACAGGAAGGUGAUGAGGACAACAAACAGGAAGGUGAUGAGGACAACGAACAGGACGGUGAUGAGGAUAACGAACAUGACGGUGAUGAGGAUAACAAACAGGAAGGUGAUGAGGACAACAAACAGGACGGUGAUGAGGACAACGAACACGACGGUGAUGAGGACAACAAACAGGACAACGAACAGGACUUAACAAGUCUAUUGUAUUGUGUUGUAUGCAUGUGAACGUAUUAAAACGAGUAUUACGAUUUAA